UACUUCUCCAUUGGCUCUCCCUCCGCUCAGCGCGCAGCCUUCACCACUGCCCGGCCUCCCCACAGCACAGUGCGUGCGCCGAACGAGUGUGUGCACCGUUACCCACGCUGCCAGGAUCCAGACACCGCUUCCCACGCUGUUUCUAAGAGGGGUAAAAGGAUGGAGAAAAAGAGCGAGAUCAAUGGGCACGCCAUGCCCAGCUCUGCGUCCACCGAUAUGAUCGUGGAGAAAAGCGCGAAGAUGAAGAAGAGUUUCAGGAAGAAGCUGAUGGAGUUCCUGAGGAAGAACCUGCUGGUGAUCAUGACGGUGUCUGGGGUGCUGGUGGGCGUCGGGCUCGGGAUGAUGGUCCGCAACAUGAACCUCACCAAGGCACAGAUGACCUACUUCGCCUUCCCCGGAGAGAUGCUCCUCCGGAUGCUAAAGAUGAUCAUUCUGCCCCUGGUGGUUUGCAGCCUGGUGUCCGGCGCCGCCAGCCUGGACACGCGCUCCCUGGGCAAGCUGGGGGGCAUCGCGGUAGCCUACUUCCUGGUGACCACGCUGAUCGCCUCGGGGAUCGGGGUGACCCUGGCCUUCAUCAUCAAACCCGGGGUGGGUGCUGGAGCCCUGAACACCAACGACCUGGGGCUGGAGAGCAUCAGCAACAACAAGGAGACCACCGACUCCUUCUUAGACCUGGCCAGGAAUUUAUUCCCAGCUAAUUUGGUGGCUGCUGCUUUCCGUUCUUAUGCCACUGAUUACAAGAUGGUUGCUGUAGGGAACGACACAAAUGGGACCACCCUCUAUCAAAAGGUCCCCUUUGGUACAGACACGGAUGGCAUGAACAUCCUAGGUCUGGUGUUAUUUGCGAUGGUGUUUGGCGUGGCGCUGAGGAAGCUGGGAGAUGAGGGGGAAGAACUCAUCCGUUUCUUCAACGCUUUCAAUGAGGCUACUAUGGUGCUGGUGUCCUGGAUUAUGUGGUAUGUCCCUUUCGGCAUCAUGUUCCUGGUGGGCAGUAAGAUUGUGGAGAUGGAAGAUGUGGUUCUUUUGGUCACUAGUCUGGGAAAAUAUAUAUUUGCUUCAAUCCUGGGGCACAUUAUCCACGGCGGCAUCGUCCUGCCCCUCAUCUACUUCGGCUUCACUCGCAAGAACCCCUUCAGUUUCCUGUCAGGCCUCAUCACACCUUUCACCACGGCCUUCGCCACCUGCUCAAGUUCAGCAACUCUUCCCUCCAUGAUAAAGUGUGUCGAGGAGAACAAUGGAGUCGACAAGCGCAUCAGCCGCUUCAUCCUUCCCAUUGGGGCCACUGUCAACAUGGACGGGGCAGCCAUAUUCCAGUGCAUCGCUGCUGUCUUCAUUGCUCAGCUCAACAAUCAUGAGCUGAACGCUGGACAGAUAUUCACCAUCCUCGUGACAGCUACAGCUUCAAGUGUGGGCGCAGCAGGCAUCCCAGCUGGCGGCAUCAUUACCAUCGCCAUCAUCCUGGAGGCCAUCGGCUUGCCUACCAACGACCUAUCCCUUAUGCUGGCUGUUGAUUGGAUUGUGGAUCGUACCACAACGGUUGUGAAUGUGGAAGGCGAUGCUUUGGGAGCUGGAAUCCUCCACCACAUCAACCAACAGGAAAUAAAGAAGCAGCAGGAGUGGCAGCAGCAGCAGAAUGGGGAGCUGGCUGAGGUCCGGGUGGAGGCGGUGGCCAAUGUCCAGGCAGAGGAGGAGACCUCCCCACUCGUCAAGCACCAAACCAAAGCCUCAGCAGCCAUGCCGGAAGCCAUCGAGUCUGUCUUGUGAACAGUGCAAGACUUAUCUUUCUUGCCGCCCAACCUUUUGGUAUUUCUGAUGUCGCUGCUGAUGGGACACCAUUCUCACUCAGAGUCUAUUCAAAAACACAAGGUCACUGAUGGAUCACCUGGAGGGAAAACAAAGUGUCAUAGCAACAGUCAGUCUAGAGCAUUGACAUUUUACAGUGCAUCUAGUGCUGCUGUUGAUAUCUCAAAAUUCAGGGACUUGGUUCAAAUAACUGGGUUUGCUGCAAAUUAGGAUAAAAUGAAUUUCAGAACUAUUCACUUUUAAAACAUUUCCCCAAUCUAGUUAAAGAAAUCCCUUGAGGUACUUCUGUUUGUAUUUUUUACAUUUUUUACGUAUUUUGCUAAAGUCAGUAAGGGAAACACGUGAUGUGUACAAUAUCCCUAAAACAUUCCCAUAAAUGUCGUAGUUGUGUUUGUCUGAUGUAAUGAGAUGCUCACAGCCAUAAGUUUGUACAUUAGAGCACCUCAAGUGCAUUUCUUAGUUUUUAUCUUCAGACAGCAAAUACAACGGCCAACAUAAACGGUAGAACACUUAACAACCAAAUGCUGACAAGCCAAAGUGUCUAACAAGUGCUUGACAGUAUCUGUCCUAACUUAUUUACACGUUUGGGAUGCCUGUUCAAUCACUUUAACUUAGCUUGUGGAAACCUACGUAUUUGCAUUUUAUUUGUUAAACUAAUUCGCUUUACGUUGUUUGAUUGUUUCAAAGUCAAAUUAUUGUGGAAAAGGGAACUGUUUUGUCCCAAUUUUAGAGAUGGUAGUUUCAUAAUUCAGUGAGAUGUUUACAAGAUGUUUGUAUGUGCUUUAAUUCGCUGACUGUCAAACACUAACCCCUUAAAUCAAAGGCUAAGCAUUUGGCCUCAUGCAACCUGUUUAUCUAUUGAUGAACUGUUCCCAUAUGGUAAGGCAUUUUGAACGUUGCACCAUUUGGUACUGUGGUUUUUAAUGUUGGAAUUGCCAUUAUUGUGCGGAAAAAAGGACUAGGACAUAAAGCUACCAUUGAUGGUUGUUAUAUCCCCUUAUUGUCCCUGUUUAUCUUAGAUUAAACAGAGCAUUUUGGGUAGUUUAUGUAACUGUGGUUCUAUUUAACUCUAAUGGAAAAAACUCAAAAAGCGAGGGACACGACUUUACCAUUGCCAACGUUCCUUUAGACAUUUGCUCCUAGAGGCUUUGUAAGAAUCCUCUAAUGGCCCCACGCAGCAGUCUUGGUUAGCUAGCGAUCUCAUUUUUUAACAUAGUUAGCCAUGCAAAUGUGUGCAUGUUGACGUCUUUUUUACUCGAUCUGUUACAAAAUACUUUCUAACAAAAUAAUUUUCUGACUUUGUGUCAAAAAGUUGUUUUUGUUUUUUGAGCUAUUUCUAGCGGUAAUGUAACAAACUAAACAAUUAUGAAAAGAUUGAUUCAUGGAAAAAUAUAAGAUAAGCUCCUCUUGUUGAGAUAGCAAACUAGGAGAUAUAUAAUUGCAACCCGCUGAUGUUGUCUAAAGUUAAAGGACUGCUUAAAGGCAUAUUCACGGGACAUAACUACAGUUACCGAACAUCAGUUUGCAAGUACGGUAAACACAAGAAAACACUCCCAUUUAUUAACAUUUAUUCAAGUUAUGGUUGUCAGUAAGGUCAGUAGUUUAGGAUUAAGAAAUCCACGAGGAAUUCACUCACAAAAAAAUCUUCAUCAAACGUUUACACAUAAAUAUUGGACCAAAUGGCACGAUGAGUUCACAUCGUACCGUUUAGAAUUCUUUGGGGAAUCGAUCCUUUGUGUUGGUAAUCCAGCUCAGUGGUGUCUCAUGGGCUUGCAUCAUAUAAAUCUGAAAGUGACACAGUUUUGCUUAAUAUUUGGAUUGUAAUUGUUUUAAAAGUGUUAAUCCCAAACUAUUUCACAAGCCAGAACCCUUAGUGGCUAAAGUGCUUCAUCUUUAUGGUAGAUUUUGCUUGAUUUAAUCCAGUCCGUGUUUUUGUGAGUUGCUAGAUAACUGUAAGGCUGGAUUGGCACCAUGCCGUAAUUGAUAUCUGCAAUAUGGUAUACUUUAAAAUAAAGGAAACUGCCAUUUUGUUUUAAUAUAGAUUAAGCAGGAAAUAUUCCUUUUGUAUGCAAGACAUGACUAAAAUAAUUAGCCUCUGCUGACCUCUAGUGGUGAUAUGUUAGUGAAAAUGGUGAACUGAACCAUUGUUGGGUCAAGGCUUCAGAGUUUUCAGCAGGCUUUGUUGUGACAUAACUCGUAAUAUUUCCUAUUUAUUUCAUCUGUUAUCCAACAUUCAUGGGGAACAACUCCUCCAUUGCCAAGUCCUGUGAUAUAUUACUGUGUUUUGGGUAAAGACCCCUAAAAAGUUGAAGGAACAUCAUGAAGCUUAAUGUUAUGUUGCUGUCCCCUAACGUCUGAGGUGCUCAUUAUGACGAGAUGGUACUGCUUCAGUUCUGGUGUGUAUGUUGAUACUGUGAAUUAUAAGGUACAUUAGUAUAUUUGAACGUUUCUUACUCAUUAAUUCAGAUUUAACUGAUUACUUUUUUAAGCUAACCACUGCUCUGUUAACCUUUAUGGUUAGAUUUUCUUGAGUAUAUCUGUUACAAUCACAUGUAAUCACAUGUAAUCACAUGUAAUGUGUAACUAUACAUAUUUAUUUUAAUUGUUUCGGAUUGUUUGUACUUUCUCUUUUUAACACUCUCAGUGUUCAUUUUUAUCACGAUAACAUUUUUAAUGAAUUAUUCUGCCAGUGUAUCUGAUGUUAGAGAUGCAUUUUAAUUCCUGGUGUGUCUUUUUGGUUUAACUCUGCCUGUGCCAUGUCCGUGUCUAACACUGUGCGGCUCUGCUGUUGGUCCUGCUGUCGGUCCUGCUGUCUUUCAACAUUAAAAAUGACACAGUACAUUUUUCAUGCCACCCAAACGAAAAGGCUGCUGUUUUCUAUGACUUAUUAUUUAAUGUUUACACAAACUGUUAGCCUGAUUGCAUUCAGCUGAAUAAACAAGAGGCUUAUUUAGGCUUUAUUAAGGUUAUUAAGGCUUGAGAUUAUGUAUAUUAUUAUUAUUAUUAUUAUAUUAAAUAUUCUUUCAACA